UUCCAUAUAAUUUGAUUUGCUUCGACUCUAAAGCCAAUUAAUUUCCUCAUCCGUACUGUUUUUUCUUUAUUCCCAUCAGUUAGUUACAAAAAUGGCUCCAGCUAUUGCCUACUCGAAGCCGCAGCACCGCCCUGAGCUGCCGGCAUUGGCGGAGCAAGAGGUGUUGCAGAAGAGAAACGAUGAGUUGGAAAAGGAAUUGAAAAGGAGCCUGGAAAGAGAAGAAAAUAUGAAACAAGAAUUGCAAAGAACGUGGGAGCGGCUGCGGGUGGCGGAGGAGGCGGAGGAGCGGCUCUGCUCCCAACUCGGCGAGCUUGAAGCUGAGUCUGUAGAUCAGGCUCGGGCUUACCGAGUCCGAUUAAUGUCAUUAAUGGAACAACUUUCUACUGCCCAAAAAGUUCUUCAACAAGCCUCCAUUUCUGUCCCAAGUUCUCAAUGAUCUUGCAGAUAUCACCAUUAAUUAAUUAUAGAAAAUAAGCACUUAUGGCCUUUUAAUUAUUUUUGUUUUGAUAUCUUGGUGUUCCACAUAAUCCUUUGGAUUUUUCUUGGAUGGUUUGUCUGCAGCUGCAGCUUGGCAUAUAUGUAAAUGAGCUUGUAAAACAUUAAUCUUUUAAUUUCUCCUAAGUUAUUAGGAUGGGAGAUUUGUGUACGAUUUGAUUAUUGAUAAUGUUCAUUUUUUUCCGCUUCUUCUUCUGUUUUA